ACCGAUGCUCUCGCAUGCCGUUUUGAGUCGAAGCUCGUUGGUGAGCGCGCGAGCGUUCACGGAAGAGAGAGAAAGAGAAGCGAGUCGUGUGUGCUUGUGGUAGUGAUGGCGGUAGUAGUUCAGUAGUACUACUAGUGUUGAUGCCGACGGUAGUGUGGUGGUGGUAGAUUGGACGGUACUGGUGGCAGCGACGGCGUAGCUGUUGGUGGUGGUAGCGACGGAGGUGGUGGUAGUGUGGCUGGUUGGUGGUAACGGUGGUAGUGGUGGAGUGCGGACCAGUCGAGACUCCCUCGCACACGUAAGGGCAUGAAACGGAGUCGCGAGUACACGAGGCGAGUCAGUGCGCUAUCGACUGCGAUCGGAGGACGACGCGUCGAGCCGAGUCGGGUGUCUGAACUGAACUUUUGCAAAGUCCUUUGCAAACGUUGCCGAGAAGGCGGUGGGAUACCGUUGUUGUCCGUGGCGGUGAAUGGAGUUUUGGGAUUAUCUCGAGCGAAACGGAUCUCUGUUACACGUGCCCGAGCGGAUUUGUGGAUCUAUCUGUCUGUCUGUCCCGCCAGGGAAACAUAAGUGUAUUUUGUCAUUGAGUGCGUGCCGGUGCGUGAAUCGGAGAGGGGAGUGAGCCCGUGGUGGUCCAUGAGGGGAAGAUGAGCGACCACGUGGUGAAAAGUACGUGCGAGCUUUCAGCCUACGUGACAGCCGGUGUCAUGGCAGAUUCCGAGAGAGACAGCGCGUCCUGCAGCGGUGGCGAAGAGGACAGCAGGUCGGACCUGCAUUCGCCCAGCGCGUCGGAGGACAGCGUGGAGGUGCAGGUGACGCCGAUUUCUCUGCGGAACAAACGGAAAUUAGCAGAACCGCGCAAGAUCCAGGAGCCCAGCACGGCGCCGUUGAAGAAGCGGCGAUUCCAUCAGAUCGAGGAAACAGUCGUGGACGAGGAGAGCAGAUCAAUGAGCACACCGAGCCCCUUCAGACCUUGGAUUAUUCCCCGCACGAGCAACGAAACGCCCAAAACAUCCACGACGACGUCGACGAUGCCAUCGACAGUGUCCAGCGCGACAACAACGACGACGUCGACAACAACGUCGACAAUUCCGUCGGCGAAGACUGCGCCUGAGCAAAUCAACGGUCAAUCACUCGCGGAAGCGGAGAGGAGAAAUCAUGAGGAAGGUCGGAACAUGGAUGAGACGCUGCGGAGGCUGCAAGAAACUUUGCAGAGAAUAGAACAAGAUACCGGUCAUAACCGAUCAGUCGUGUUAUCUCGACGGGAGUCCCGUCACAGGCCCGAGUCACCGCCGCAGUCACCGGCGGCGCCGUCUGCGCCGCCGAUGUCCUUGAAGCAUCCUAGGUUGCAGGAAGAGCCAUUAUCCUUGGUCAUGCGAGACGAAGCGCUCCGAGUGCCGUCGCACCCCGCGGUGAGCGGCAGCUACGAGAAGACGCCGUCGUACAUGAUGGAGCAUCUCCUGGCAUCGUCCGCGUCAUCGACGCCGGCGGCAGCGACGACGACGUCGUCGUCGUCCGAGUCCCACCGCAAUCACCGAGACCACUUGAGUCCUCCGCAAGGAGGAGGACCUCAUCAACGUCACCAUGCAGCGCCCACCGUUGUGGUCAGCAGCGCUUCCUCUUCGUCGUCGCUGUCGCACGCCUCCUCCUCGAGGCAUCAGCAUCAGAACAACGGCGGCAGCGGCGGCGGCGGCGGCGGCGGUCAACAGAGGAACUACAAGAACAUGACGAGGGAGAGACGAAUAGAGGCGAACGCCCGGGAACGCACGCGGGUGCACACCAUCAGCGCGGCUUUCGACACCCUGAGACGCGCCAUACCCGCGUACUCGCACAACCAGAAGCUGUCGAAGCUGUCGGUGCUGAGGAUCGCAUGUAGCUACAUCGUCACGCUCACCAAGAUCCGCAAAAUGCUGGACGGAGACGCGACGAGCGGCGCCUCCCUCGCCACCUGCGUGGAUCAGGUCUCCAGGACCAUCCAGACGGAGGGGAAGCUCAGGAAGCGAAAGGACGACUGAACCGACCCGAUGUGAACAUCACUUGGACAACGUUUACGGGGCAAUCCGAGAAGAGCGAGGUCGCGAAACGAAGAAUGAACCACUCGGAACUUGGCUUACAAGCGAGCGUAUAGGGAUAAUUCCCUGGAAGUAGGGCGAAUUUUCUACUUCAUAUUGCCAAACGCUUAUUCGUCUUCUAUUCUCGAUGUCAUUCGAUCCAAGGGGACAGGGAGCGAGAAGGGGAGAAAGAGAAAGGUGGCGAUCUAAAAUUAAUUAAGCUGUUAGCCUAAGUGAAACCGACAACGUCGGCGACACCGUCGACGCGCGAUUGUCUCGAUUAGUUCUCGUACGAAACCAAACGGAAGUGCGAACCGAGGAGUUCGCGAUCGUUUCACGAUUUCAGAGAUGUUCACGGGCACGGCGGAAAGAUCUGCGGGAGAAGACACGCAGAGACGAGAGGGAGAAAUUUCAUUGUUCACAUGCGUAAAACGUUACGGGAUUAUUGCACGCGCGUCACGCGUUAAUGCUGUACAUACAAUUGUAAAGUGCGUUUUUCGGAAUCGUAAUGAGCGAAUCUUAGAUCUUAACGGAUUCUCAAAAGGGAGUGAGAGGAGGGAAUUUCUGGCGGCGCCCGACGAGGCCACCUACAUUUUCCGAUAUAGCAGCUGCGCAACCAGACAAUAAAUCUUUAGAAAGAUCCUCAUACUUAGAGAGACGGCGCUUAGUGCGGUAAGCGCCGCUCGUUCGUUCCGCUGCAUCGCGGGAAUUACGGCGACGCGCGAAUGUUUAUGCGGGACUCGAAGAAUACACGGUAGUAGCUAGUCUGAGGCCCGGCUUAACCCUUUCGGGACGUCUCCGUUCGCCCUCACCUAAAUUUACCGAUGAGUCCCGCGAGACGCGGAUCUCCGUCGCCGUGGGAGAGAACUUUACGCUUCAAAAUUGCGAGAGACUCCACGAGAGUCGCGCCGAUACGCAUCGUGGCGAAUUAUUCUUCCAAAUAAUCUCAGGUUUCGCUUCUCGAAAUUUCGAAUCGAAAGCCGCGAUGAGGAAGGUAUCUGGUAUCCCGCAGGAGCCUUGAGUGCUCCACGAGAGAGCCGGCGGCCUCUCGAAAGGGUUAAAAGCGCGAGACACGCGAGCGCGAAGGCGAAUUCGCGUCGCCCGCAGCGGUGAUUUCCAAACUGCGCGAUUCACGAGGUGCAUACUUAUCUCGCCGCUCGAAAGGGAUCGGUCGUCUGCAAUCUGUUGCGCCGGUCGCGUUCGCGCGUUUACGAAACCGCCGAUCUAGAACGGCGCGCGGAGCGCGUCCGAGCGAAAAAGGACGAUAAAAGAGACGAAGACAAUAAUAGCGCUGCUUGCGGCUUACUUGCGCGACGAGGGACGGGGAGUUGGCGUUACAUGUACAUUACACGUAGCAUAACGACUAAGCGAUCCGCCGCAAUCGAAGCUACAAACGGUAUCGUCUUCCCACGAGAGAGCAAGUCGGAUGAAAAGGAGAAAAGAAUGUCGUCGUGCGACACAGGAGGAGCGACCGGCUUCUACGCCAUUAAAUUGGCGAUCGAAGAGAAGACAUCGUCGAGACAGCCCUUGUUAAGGAGGACGGCAGUUUUAUCUCUGAAAUACAUCUAGAUUCUGACUAAUGAAGCGCGUUGUAUCGUUAACGAAGGAUCUACCGAAUGCACUGCGAACGAGCACGCGACAGGAAGGCGUUACCUAAAAAUCCUAAACAAGGUCUGCCUAAAAAAGCUGAUCGGGUAGAGGAGUUAGCGUGUGUUCACACUGUUUUUUCGGUCGCGCAGUCUCUCGUCUUCGACUGCGUCGAACCGUGUACAUAGAUGAUAAUGAUAAUGAUGAUAAUAAUAAUAACAACGACGUUACGACGUAAGAGUAAGUAAUUACGUUAUAGUAAUCGGACACGUGUUAUGUGGCGCGAGCACAUUUCUACGGCCUUACGCGGCGAUGCAUCUCGACUACGUUCGUGAGAUAACCGAGAUAUGUACCUUUCUAUGUUAUAAGGCGACUACAAGUAAAGUUCAAACGGACGUUCUGCAAAACAAA